AUGGUUCAAAAGAACGUAGGGGAUCCGAUUGAUACAAACCUGCGUCCGGAUAGAAAGGAAAGUGAUGAAAGGUUAAAUAGUGCAGGAACUGCAGUGGGUGGCUACUCGGCGGAUGAUUUCGAAAUGGAGACUUUGGACCAUUUUGGUGGAGAUGAACGAAGCGUAAGACUCAAUGACAGAGAGGAAUGGCUGUAUCUUAAAGAAGACAAUGCUUUCAAGAGGUUUUUUCGGAGGCUGUGGUACGGGCCCGCUAUUGUCGAAGAUGCACCACCAGCUUUCCCGGAGAAGUGGUCAUGGACACGAAAAGUUGACAAAUUUCCCGAAACUGGGUACCAGCAGAGAUUUCCUCUCUUAAGCGUUCGAAUUUGCAUAUUAAUUGUGUACUGUUGCUUCUGGAGUGUUAUCUUUUACACAUUCAUUCAUUACUAUUACAUAGUGCCGCCAACAUUUUAUCAAGAAGACGGAAGUCAAAUUCCCAUCAGGGCAAUGGAUUGCCGGACUACAGUAUUCUGGAAAGGCAAAAACAACCAGUGUGGCAUCGGGGCCACUCGCUGCUUACCGUUCUCCGACGAAGAAGUGUAUAUACGAUGUCCAGCUCUGUGCGAUCGUGAAUCCUGGACGUAUUCGGCAAUUAAUGUGGGCGACGAAAGAGUGAAGUAUACCGGUUUCCAAAUAGGAGGAGGAGAAUUGCAAGAGAAAGACAAAUUAUCAUACCCUUACAGAGGUGAUUCUUUUGCAUGCGGUGCAGCAGUCCAUGCAGGAGUUGUUUCGCCGUUUGUAGGCGGUUGUGCCCGCAUUAGCAUGACUGGCGAGCAAGGAUCCUUUCAAUCGAGAAAAGGGCAUUCCAAUACAGGAAUGUCGGUGAAUUUUGACUCUUUUUUCCCUUCAUCCUUUACUUUUAGGAAGUUGUUGAACGGAUACAGCUCAAGAUGUUAUGAUCCUCGAAUUCCCGUCGUAGUUAUCAACAUUGUGAUGAGUAUGCCAGUGUUCUACCUUUACGAGGGAAUUUAUGGGUUCUGGAUACUUACUAUCGUUGCUUACCUGACUAUUGUCUUGUUUCUAGAUCCUCCAUUCAUAGUGGACCCCUAUGUUGAUGACAGUUUCUCUCAGCUGUUGAGCAUCAUCAUUCAGCGUAUGUUACCACUGGCGUUUGUUCUUUACGUUCUAUGGAAAUGCUGCGUACGAAGAACACUCACAAAUGGAUCAUCAUUGGCUAAGAUUCUGUGUUGGUUCCCCACGUUUUGGCUUGGUGUCAUGAACAAUGUAACCUUCGAUAGAUUGCCUGUCGACAGGCUCACAGUUUCCGAUUUCAAAGAACAAGCGGGAGCGCUCGUGGCUGUGGGUUCGAUUAUUGCCACGAUUGUGUCUUGCGCAAUAGUACAGGCGUACUCGCUUUGGAAGUCAGGAAGAUUCAGAAAGUACCUGUGCAUCUAUGUGACACUGAUUAUGGGACUCUUCCUGCUUGGGAUACUUCCGGGGCUUUCAUUGAGAAUACACCAUUACAUAUUGGGUAUUCUGCUAGUACCUGGUUGUGCCACGAGGGGUACAUCUGCAUAUCUAUUCCAAGGCAUACUCAUUGGUCUUGUCCUUUCUGGAGUUGGCAAGUGGGAUUUCGCAAGUAUAGUUGAGACGAAAAGCACCUUAUCAAGAGGUGAAGCCGGAGACUCGUGGAAACCACCGAUGUUGCAGUACACCCAAGAGCUACCUAAUCUACUUUCUUGGGAAUAUGCUAAUACAACGCAGGGUGUCACCGAGGAGUUAAAUGCAUACUCUUUACUUAUUAAUGACGUUGAGCAUUUCUUGGGUGAGAAUACUACGGUUGAUAUAGAUACAUUGAUACAGAGCGACUUGAAACUCUCUCAAUGGGUAAAUUCUUCAGUUGCCUCAAAUGGAUCAGCAAAGCUGUAUCUAAGAGUGGCAAGAGCCUCGAAGGACUCUCCAGAAGGCCCCACUGGUGAUUAUACAAAUGCUGCCAUCCUUGAAUGGCCACUGGGAGUGUAUCAUGAGCCCAAACCAGGUGUGUCAUGA